AUGGACUUGCGGACGAUGAACGUGAUUUUCUAUAUUCAGACUCCACCAGACAAGGACAAUUAUUUUAAGGUCUUCGAGCUCGAUGAACACUUUGACAUUGACCAAAAACAAUUGACGCGGAAAUAUAGACAAAUGCAGAGCCAACUGCAUCCUGAUAAAUUUACAAAUAAAUCUGAAAAGGAAAAGGAUAUUUCUGAAGAAUUCUCCUCACUUGUGAAUAAAGCGUAUAAUACUCUGCAAAUGCCUCUCAAACGUGCCAUACAUUUACUUCACGUAAAAGGAGAAACUAUUGAAGAAGGCCAACGAAUAGAUGACCCAGAAUUUCUAAUGGGAAUAAUGGAAUUAAAUGAAGAAGUAGAAAACGCCGACACUGACGAGAAACUUAAAAACUUGAAAUACAAGAACGACAAUGAACUUCUGAAAAUUGCAAAAGAAAUUAAAACAUGCUUUGAUGAGAACCAAAUCACCAAAGCCAAAGAAACCAUAAUUAAAAUGAAAUAUUAUAACAGCGUUAGCCUUCACAUUAACAACUUAAUGCGUGAAAAAGGCAUUGUUGAAUAA